AUGCUAAUUAUUUCCAACCUGAUUCACUUCACGCUAAAUUCAUUUAAUUUGAUAUUUUUAUUAUCGAAGGUACUUUCGCAACUUCUUAACGUAUUCUCGAUUUGUCAGAUCGUAACUUUGAAAUUCUCACCCUCUAGGCAAAGACGCACGGCGCAACCAAAUCCAAAGCCGUAUGGAUUUUGUUGUUUGCCCAAUGACGAAUCGCUUCCACGUCAUGGCCUGGACACCUCAUUAAGCAGUCUAAAAUCCCUGCACGAAUGUCCAGCAUUGAAAAUUCGCGAGCAAGAAAUAGUAAAAAGACCAUCGGUGAGCCGAAGUAAGGAUGGGAUAAAAGGAUCGCGUAGAAGCUUAGCACUAAACCUGAGCCAUCAUUCAUCGGGAGGACCUGGAGGAAUGAAAUUAACCGACUUGACGGAAAGUAUGAUUGAAAUGAUGAUCGAUAUUGAGAGAGCGCAGAGGCAGGCUGAGUAUGAGCAAAGAAUAGAUCGAUGGGCUGCUAUCGGUGAAAGGAAAACAAAAGAAAUAAAAUUGAGGAAAUUAAAGUGCGGCCCACCAUGUUGGUAUACCGAUUACUCCCCUUCGCAGUUGCAACAUUUGAAAGAUUUGGAAGACGCUAUGUUCAAAGACAAAAAAGAAAACACGAUCAACAGAACUGCAUACUGCUUGGCGUCAAUUGGAAUGACGACUGAUUUUGUGACAGUUGACUCACAAAUACUUCGAAAAUUGGUAAAAGAACAUAACGCGGAUAUUAAGACAUUUAUAUGUGAGCUUUAUAAGGCCAUUCGCGGAAAUUAUUUCGAGAAAGAAGGCAAAAGACUCGAUUACACAACCCAUGAGAGAAUAAUGAUAUCUGGCGUUGUAUUUUUGGAGUUGCCACAAGUUAUUCUGGAACUACACAGAAGAUUGCCCGCCAUAAUUAAAUUUAAAUUCCCCUCAAAACCGAAGUCACCAAAGCUCAUGAUAGCGAAGAAAAUGAUAUCCCCUCUACUGGAAAAGUUGUAUCCUUCGGUGAAUUGGAAACUUUAUGCGACGCAAAUGCUCAAGUGGCGCAGAAAAUGCUUGGCAACACCACGGCCCGUCGCAAUAUUACCGAAAGAAACAAAAGAAUUGGCCGUUGAAAGCACAGAUAACGCCGACCAGCAGAAAGUAAUAUCUGAAAAAAACAAUCAACUCGCCGAUGACAAUGAGGCCAAUGUAAAAGUGGCGGCCGAGCUUGAUACCGAAGUGAAAAAUAGCACUAGUGACGUGUACGAUCAAGACAAACAUGCGAAAAAAAAUUCAAGACAGGUGUCCGUUAUCGAGAAAGACUAUCAACGAGAUACGCCGUUAUUUACCAUCGAAAAUCCGUGGACGGAGCCACCAACCCCUUGCCCCAUGAAGUACAUCAAGCUUCUCCGGGAAGCUGGCCCUUUAAAAACCGACGCCGAAUUUUUUUCCCAGCUGAAUCGCCCGGCCUGCAAAAGACAAGUCACACCCUCAUUCAGACUUCAAAGUGUGUUACUCGACGCCGAGGCUGAUUUGUAUGGCUUGAUGCACGAAGCCAACCAGUUAACUGGUGAAGUGACUCGGAUCGCCAAGGAGAUACUUGAGCCUGAUACUGGUUGCGAUGCCUGUUGCUCUUGUAGAGAGACUAGGAGAGCGCACUUGAUGUGGCAUGCCACUAAAGCUCCCCAUGCUGUUGUCGAUGGCAUUGUUACCGAUAAUGAUGACAAAGCGCAAGUUAUCGGUGCAAUGGCAAUGUACUCACCCGCUGAAAGUAUUUCUUCGACGAGUCAGCCUCCGUGCGUUCCGUCGUCCGACAAACUCGUGAAAAACAAGAUCAUAACCGGCACGAUAACGAUGGUGGAUAGCGAGCCGGUGAACCAAAUCGCAGGCUUCACAAAAACUGUCGAGCAUGUACCUCGAGAAUUUCUACGUCCUGAUGUAAAUAUCGUCGAGGUGAAAAAUGUGCCACCUUGUGGUUGUCAGGAUCGAAAGAGGAAUGAGGAAUUGGAGCAACAGGUUUUAAGCGCUAAAAACGACGAGAGCUUAUGUUACGGAAAAAAAUUUAGACCCGAGCAGGGACCAACUUAUACUUGUAGUGAAUUUCAGAAGAAAGAUGAACAGGAAAAUUGUGGUUGCAGAAAGGAUAUCGAAGAGUGCGUUGACGAGGACGAGUACUUUUUUGAAAAUAUGGAAGGAAGUUGUGACGAAGAUGAUUGUGGAUACGAAGACGAUGCUUAUAAAUGUAGCAGCAAGAAUGUAAUUGUAAAGAGUUCCAAGAAACAACGCUUGAUUUGCGAGAGAUGCGGACGGGAAUUACGUAGAAAUUGCAUUGACAUCAACGCAAAGAAACACCGGCAAUCAAGUAGCGGCACGAAAGUCAUCAAAAAAUGUUCAUGCGAUAGCCUGUCGGAGUUUUUGCAGAUGGACAUUGGAAAAGCUAAAUGCAUCAUGCCCAAGAGAGAUUAUUAUACGAAAGAAAAAGCGAGUAAAAAAUCGAAAAAAACUGGCAAAAAUCGCAAAAACGAUGAAAAGGUUCCAAAAGAAAAAAUACCGAGAAUGAAGGUUGAAAGGCCAAGUAGAGUUAAGAGGGUUUCGCAGUUGGUACCAAAGCAGGAUAUAGAAGAGGACGAUGCGAAAGAAAAUUCAGAGCACGAAAGCGUUGAAGGUGGACCCUACGGCUACAGAACCAAAUCCGAGGAAGCUUUGCCAAUAGAGCGCACUUUAGCAUACCUUGUCGACCCACAUCCUCCAAUCCGUCCAGCCGAGAGAAUUCCAGUGCGCGAAGGAGGACGUCCAUGUUGUUGUCGUGAGAAUCGAAACAAGCGGAAGACUCUGAUGUACGGAAUCGGCGCAGUCGUCGAUGAAAACGAGGCAAAUGGCACGAGAGUGAUCGACGGCUUGACAUGGGUCACUCCUGAGCCGAGUAUUAGGGGUAGCGACGAGUAUAUUCCCGAAUACGAACUGGCCGAUUCACCUUAUGAGAAACAGAUUUGCGGCAGAAAUAAUCAAACAGCUAAGAGAGGAUAUCAAAAGGCAGAUGGAAAAGCUGAGGGCAACGAUACGGAAAAGAAUCGUGUAGACCGAACGGAAGACUGGGAAAAUGCGUUUAAAGACGAGUAUUUAACGGAAUUUUUCACCAAAAAAAGAGAUUGUAUUCCUUGUUGGACGAAAUGUUCGAAAUUCAAGAAAACUGAUACCGCACGAAGAAAGCUCAAAGUAAUGAAGCCAGUUUGCGAGUGCAAAUACGAACGCAGAAUUGUAAAAAGGAAUGAAGAAAGAAAGAAAUGGCGUGAUCGUCAAGAACGAUUGAAAUCUCUUGAUAAAGAAGCGUUUCUGCUUAUCGAUGACAUUGCAAAGCCAGACUUUUCGGAUUCGGGUGAAAACUGUAACGUGACUGUAAUCUCAGCUGUCACUAUGCAAACUCCAUGCGUUACACCGGACGAUGGACCAAGUCGUUCACAUUUGCCUUAUCCGAUUCAAAAGAUUGAGAUAGUGAAGAAAAAUGACGAACUAAAGGAUGUAGUGGAUACUCAGCAACUUGAAAAACCAGAGGAUUUAAAGAUUGAAAAUGAAGGCACUCCGAUUAAGAGUCCACAGGCGGAUACGAUAAAAGAAAGUAUAAAAGAAAUGGAUGACAAGCAAGCGAAAGAACUUGUACAAGAGGAUGAAAUUAAAGAGAUAGAAUUUACAGAAAAAAUGAGCAGAUGUAAGAGUUUUUUCGAUCAGGCGGAACAAGAAUUGACAGAUAUUAUGGAGACUGAGUUAAAAAAAAUGUCUGCUGAAUGUGAUUUUAUCUCGCUUAAGCUUCCAAAUUAUCAUAAGCUUGCUCAACUUUCCUAUUGGAUCUCGUAUAGAGUGCGAGGAAUGUGUUUCACAGAAAAGAUCAAGAAGGAUUUGAUGUUGGAGACAACAAAAAUAUGGAACUCAAAAAGAUUGACGAAUAAAAUGAGCAUUGAAUCUCUGAAAAUUAGUAAAGUAGAUCGUUGUAAGCUUAAUUUCGAUCAUGCUAAGUAUUGGAAACGAAAGGUAAUGGAAAUGCAUCGCAAGUUUUACGCAAAAACACGUCAAGAAACCAUUGAAAUCGGGCGAGAAAUGUGGCCUACGAUGGAGUAUGGAAAAUUUCCGCAUAUGCUUUUCAAGCAGGCUUAUUUCACCUACUUACCGUCAAGAGAAGUUGACAUUUAUGCUUUUCGCACUUAUUCAAUGAAUUGAAUGACUCUGAAAGUGAAUUGUACUUUUGUAAAAAAAUGUACGCUAUAACUAUCGUUUUUAUUAGUUUCGUAACAAGGAAAAUUUGUCACAAUAUGGCUAAGGCGUUCACGAAAAUCAA